CACGGGCUGCUGUUGGGCGACGCCAGCUUGGCGGCACGGAGGGACUUCAUCUCGGGGUUCACCGCCCUGCACUGGGCCGCCAAGAGCGGCAACUGCGACAUGGUGACGAACAUCAUCAAAGCGGCGGAGAAGGGGGGGACUCGCGUGAACGUGGACGGCGGGUACACGGCGCUGCACCUCGCUGCCAUCCACGGGCAGGAGAAGAUCAUCAACAUGCUGGUGUACAGCUACCACGCCAAGACCGACCUGCGGGACUACAGCGGGAAGAAGCCACACCAGUACUUAAAGGAAGGGACGUCCUCCAACGUCAGGCGCUUGCUGGGGGACCCCAGCCUGUCCCACAACGCGGAGCCCUCCGUGCCCAUCAAGAAGAGCACAAAGCUUGCGGCGUCAAUCCUGAGCUCCACCAGCACUUUCCUGGGGGUCAUAUCCGAUGACAUGGCGUUCUACGAUCUCACCAAAGGCUUGAGGAAGCCCUCGUCCUUAAACAAGCUGCUGGCUGCCACGACGGGCCCAAGGAGGAAGCCCAAGACCAGAGGGGGCUUCCCUUCAUACUCCUCGCUCUCCGAGGUAAUGGAGGAGGAGGAAGAGGAGGUCGUCGUGAAGCGCAGACCUGUUUCUGAGCUGUUCUUUGGCCACUAG